CUGGUUUUAUUUUCCCACGUGACCUUACUCUAUGUGACUUCCGGUUUAAAAGAAAACAACAAAGGCGACAUAUUUAUGGAAGAAAAACGACUGACAGGGAGAGCUAAACGACCAGCCAAGCCUCCAGAGGAUGGCAGCUGGGAUUGCAGUGUCUGCACAUACAAAAAUUCAGCUGAGGCAUACAAGUGUGAAAUGUGCGAUGUCCGUAAAGGCACAUCAACCAGGAAGCCACGCCUAAAUCAGCAGCUGGUGGCCCAACAGGUUGCCCAGCAGUAUGCGGUCCCCCUAUCCCCAGGGCCCGGGUCUCCCCUUGCGGAGGACGAUAAUGACCCUGUAUACCCUGACCCAGAUCCCCGACCUGUUCACAAUCAUGACCGGUUUGAACCCCCACCACCCCCGAAACAUGUCAUCAAAAAAGAGAAGUCUGCCCCAGCUGCUAGUUUCCAUGGAAGCAAGGGGGAGAAGUCAUCUGCUCAACUGAACAAGUCGAAUUCACAGACAAAACUCAACAAAAAAAUAAAAAAAAGAGAUAUAGACAGACCAGCAAAUUUUAAAGGCACUGAUCCUACGCAUGGGCACCAAAUGGCUGUCACUGUGGAUAAUGUGACAGUUAUAAUCACAGACUUUCAGCCCAAGAAGCGAAAAGUGGAGUCUGCCACAAAAAUUGUGUCUCAUUCAGACAUCAGUGAUUCCUCCUCCAAUGCCAGUAAUGACACAAGUGAUGACCGUCUUUUACAUGACAACAAUGGUUGAAAGAGUGACCAAGUAGUAAAAUACAGUGACCAGCACAUGCAAAAUGAUGCUCUAUGUACAAAUAAAAAACGUAAGAAUUCAAAGGGUUCCUGUGGAGAAAAUAUGCAGUUGAACUGAUGACAUAAAUCAAAAGACUUUCUUCACAACACAUGAGUAUGCCUGACAAUCUUUUGAGAUGUUGUGUUGAGUGUAUAGUACAGUUGUUAUAUGUAUAGCAUUUGUGUUAAAAUAAUCUUUAGUUUUGCAAACACAGGCUUGCAGUGAUAAAUUACUUUGGCAUGGCAAGAUACCUUCACAAGGGUUUGUGAGUUAUUAAUGAAUUAUUGUCUACAAGACUAUAUUGCCCGUAUUGGAAAUAUGACAGAAAUCUGAUGGCAGGACACAGUUAAUACUUUAACAUAAAAAUGGGUUUAUAUGACAAUAAUAAACUUCAGUUUAUCCAUAUUUCAGUAUGAGUCACUCAAUGUGGUUUUAAACACUGUAUUUUCAUCGUUUUAGACUAUAACCUUUUAAGACUUUGUUUAAAAAAAGGUUCAGCGGUUUCUUAUCUAAUUACAGGGAUAGAAACUAAUUUUAACUUGCUCGGGCAAAGAAAAACGAGCCCACCACAAAGUUCAAUUCAAAAUAGUACUCGCUUUAAGAAAACAUAAUCGGACAACACUUAAGCUAGGUAAAUGACACUGAUUGAGAUUUGUACUCGCUCUGGCAGGGUACUGCUUUUUUGUUUGUAUAAUUUUUUUUUUCAUUCUGAUUUGUUACUAAAUAUCUAUGCAGUUUAGGUUUAACAAUUAUUUUUUCCUACUCUUUUAUUAAAUAUACUGUAAAUGCAUGUAAUUAUGAAAAUAAACUAUUUUUUUUGUUUUCGUUUAUAGUUAGAACAUUAGAACAUUAUAUAGAAAAACUUAUGACAAAUGUUUACAUUGAGGACAUCAGACAACAUGAUUCCUAAAGUAAUUCCUUACUUUGAAAAUGAAGAUAAAUAUUAUCUUAAAAACCCAAAUCUGGCUUUACAGAAUGACAUACAUGUAGCAAGAAAUUCUUUUAUAUUACAAAAAAAAUCAAUGUUCUUGGCCUUGACUUAUAAUACAUGUAUUCUUAGAUCUUCAAAUGUUUCAUAACAAAAAAUCAUUUGAAUGUAUCACAGUUUCUUUUUAAGUUAUUCAAGAAAUCUUUUCUGCUUCCAAGAACUGUCAGUGCGUGUACUUUAGAAAAUCAUGGCAAUCUACAUACAAUAAACUUGAUAAUUCAAAUUUUCAAAGAAUGUUAUGCGAUUUAUUUAGAGUAACCAUAAAAAUACGGCACUUUAAAAGAAUUUAUGUAUAUGUAUACUGGUAAAGAUAGAGCUUUGAAAGUCUAAUUAUAUCCUGCACACUUGUAAUGUAUUUGUGUGAGAAACAGUCCCAAAGUUGUCACUCAUUCCUACUACCAGGAACUUGUUAUGCAUGUAACAGUAUUAGUUGGUUAAUGCAAGUACAGCCCAAAUAUAUUUCUCUCACAUAGCUUAAACAAAUGAAUAUUGUAUUUUUGGAACACUUUCAUGGUAAUCAUUUUUUGUUUGUAAUUUUGAAGCUGAUAGAUCAGUAAUAUCUUUGAUAUGGUGAAGCAUAGUUCUGUUUUAUUUUAACAGAGUUGUUGUUGUUUUUUGUGCCAAAAAUAAUGAAAUUAAAUUAAACGGCUAAUUUAGUCAUAAGUCCCUGAACCUGUUUUCUUCUUGUAUCAAGAUUAUAUUAUACAAUAAAAGUUGAUGAUGUCACAUUUGCUCUUUAAAAAAAAAAAAUAUGAUGCUAUUUUAAAGGGGCCGUCAACCAGAUUUACAAAAAAAGAAAAGUUCUAAAAUACGGUAUUUUUUACAAUUAUUAGUUUAUAUUGAUUAAAAUAUAACGACUGGUAUAUUACAUUACUUGAAUGAAGUUCAUAUUUUCAGUUUAUUCGGUAAUUAAAUUUCGCGAUGUGAAAUCGAAAUUACACAGUAAAAAUAGGUGACAUAACAAUAUACACACUAUUAAUUACUCAAGUAAAUUUAUCAUUUUAUAUAUUAAAUAUAUACAAUUCACUAAGCAUCCAUAAUUUGCAUUCCUGGGUUUACCACGUGACUAUGAUGAUCAAUCUACUUGCGUUAUUUAUAGUUAACUGGUAGUUACCUGGUACACAUACCCAGAAAAUUUGUAUUACCAAAUAAACUGAAAAUAUGAAAACUCAAAAACUUUUUCAGGUAAUGUAAUAUACCAGUCAUGAUAUUUUAAUCAAUAUAAACUAAUAAUUGUUAAAAAAAACACGGUAUUUAACAAUUUCAUUUUUUUUCUCGUGAAAUCUGGUUGAAAUCCCCUUUAAUGUCAAUUAUAAAAGACGCUUUUUUAAACAAAUUUUAAUGAAAUUGUUUUAUAAUUCUGCGAGUGUGCUUCGUUGAAAAACAUGUUCAAAUACAUUUUUGGCUCAGUGUUGUGAAAAGUGAGAAUUUCUGAAAUCAAAUGUUGUCUAUAAAGGAAGUUUGCUGUUUUAAUUAAUAACUCCAAUUGUCCAUAUUUCUCAAACUCGGUGUUUGAUAUAUAUUCUGUACUUGACUUUCAUAUGAUUAAAAAUGAACAAAUACAUUUUUCAGUUCAAAUUACUUAUUGGUCAGUAACCUACAAUGAGGUUAAGGGUAAACACCUUACACAUAUUAAUCGCCUACAUAAGUGUUGUCUUGCAUCUAGGGUGGUGUUAAUUUUGUUGAAAUAUCCCUUUCUUUCAUGAGUCAUUGCUAUUUGUGUAUUAUAAUACGAGAUUGUACAUGUAUACCGGUAUACUUUGCAAUAACACUUGUUAUUGUUGGAGAUUUCACACUAUGUCAAGUAUCAUUGGUGUUCACCUUUUGUAAUGAGAAAAUGGGAAACACCAGUAUUGUCUGAAAGGUUUAAUUGACCUGGUGAUAGUUCUUAGCCUGCAUGCAUAGGUGUUGAAGAUUAAUUUCACAGCUGUGUAAGUGAGGUGUCAUUUGGGAUGAAUGAGUAGUGAGAAAUUUGAGUGAACCACACCAUAUCAUCUUGUUUUAUCAUUAUAAAAUGUAUGAUUACCUUUUGACACAUUUCUCGUAUAUUGUUAGAUGAGUCUAUCACCUUGAAACUUGUGAUUAUUUUGUGUGAUGGUUAAGUAAAAGACCGUCAAGGCAUUUGUCUGAUAUUUGUUAUGAGGCUUAUAUGCAUCAGUAUCACUUUGAAACUCAGUAUCACCUUGAAACUUGUCAAUAUACUGAGUUUGACCUUUGUUGAAUCUAGUCUGCUUAUUAAGCCAUAGCAACAAAAGUGUGCUUCAAUCGGAUUUUCUUUUAAACAUACCCAUUAUACCCUUAUCAUAUGAAUGUUAACGGUGGAAAAUAUAAAAAUAACGUCCUUUGAAUAUUUAUGUGGAUCCUGUGAGGUAUUCGGCUAUUAAUUUCUUAGACUUAAAUCUUAGAUAAAAAAAUAUUAUUUUAAUUGGAAUGUUCAAGAAAAGCAUACAUUUUUGAGUAAAACAUGGAAUUAAC